GAUUCUUUUGGUCCAGUAGUUGCAUGUUACUAUGCGCUUGCAAAAAUCUGUCGCAGCCAGCUCUCCUUUCGGUACCUUGCCAACAAGGAGCGAGCAGCGCGAGCGGCCCCCGCGUCGGUCGAUAAUCCGUCGCAGCGGAUUGGCGAGGAGGAUCGCUGUGAUUUUUGGAGCGCAGCUGUCAGCGAACAGCGGUCCUACCGAUAAAGGGAGGCAACGCGAGACAGAAUAGUUUGUCGUUGAGUUGAUAUCCGCGUUAUUGGGGUGUUUUUGAGCAGUCUGCGCGCUGGGAUUCUCAUCCAAAAAAUAGAAGAAAGCCUCAGGAUGUGGCACAGCCUUAGAUGCGCAAACGGAGCUUUGGCGAGCCCAUAUUUUACGCGGGCACAGCGGUCCAAGCCAGUUUCACUUUCGGGACGGGAAGGCAUCAGAAACAGCUGGAACGUGACUUGACAGCCCAUUCCCUCGGGGGAAAAAAAACAAAAAACAAACUUGUAUCCUUUUACCGCCGUGUUCUCGUUUCUAACUCGUUUCCAUCCCUCCGAGUGUGGGGCACCGAUGGAGCAGCUGGAAGAGGAGCUCACAUGCCCGGUCUGCUGCGGGCUCUUCGAGGACCCGCGGAUGCUGCUGUGCUCGCACAGCUUCUGUAAGAAGUGCCUGGAGGGACUCCUGGAGGGGAACCGUGGCCCUGCCUUCAGGACGCCCCUGAAAUGCCCCACUUGCCGCAAAGAGACCCCCCACAACGGCGCAAGCAGCCUCCAGAUCAACUACUCUCUGCGCGGGAUCGUCGACAAGUUCAGCAAAAUCAAAGUCAUGCCUAAAACGUCCGUUUGCGCGCAGCACUGCGGGGAGCCGCUCAACAUAUUCUGCGCCACCGAUCUGAGGCUCAUUUGCGGGGUUUGCGCAACGACCGACGAGCACAAGGGCCACGGCUUUAGCUCCCUGGAGGACGCGUAUGAGCGAGAGAGGGGGGCGUUGGGAAAGCUGCUUGGAGAGGUGGAGGGCUGGAAGAGCGCGGAGACGCGCUCCUGCCUGGAGACGCUGCAAGCCAGCAAGAAAAAGGCGCUCCAGUCGGUGAGCAGGGACGCGGAGAAGGUGACCGACUACUUCGACAAACUCGUCGGAUCCCUCGAGUGCAAAAAGAGCGAGAUCCUUUCCGACUUCGAAACGGUGAAGCUGGUGGUGAUGCAGGCGUACGACCCGGAGAUCGCCAAGCUGAGCGCAGCGCUGGAGGAGCAGGAGCGAGCGCUCGGGCUGGCGGAGUCCUUGGGGAGCGUCUCCGAGCCGCUGCGCUUUCUGCAGCAGAUGCAAGAGUUCCGCGAGAAGAUGAAGGUGGUGAAGGAGAGCUCCCUUCCCUCUCGGAAAGACGCGGACGUCGGGGCCCUUGUGCGCAACUUCGACGUGAAAAAGUGGGACUCCCUCAGGCUCAGAGAGAUAGACAAGAUCUCGGUCCCCCACGAGAACGGCUCGUACCAAACAGGUGGCUCUCGGGCAGCGUGGUCCAAGCGGAUCGUUUUAUCCCUGGCUCUCUUCCUGUCAACACUAUUGGUCCUGGUCCUGUGGCUGCCGCACACCGCAGCCGACGUGACCACGGCGAUCCAAGCGGUGCUCUCCGACUGCUCCCCUCCUGCUGCUCUGCAAGGAAUCACUGACAUGUGCGCAGGUUGGAUGGGUGCAGAUCAGGAUGUUAGCAGCUUCUUUUCAGCCCUGUCCACUAAGUUCAAAAAGUUAUAUCAACUGCUCCCGAAGAGCAGCUGGUGAAAGGAAACACCUAUUUACACUAUUUUUUUUCUUUUGUUGUUGUUCCUCAAGCUUGAACCUCAAUGAAGCGUAAAGAUCAAACAGAAAUCACUCUAAAACAUCGGAGGUUGCAAUCUAGACUAAUUAUUAUGUAGAACCUAAUUGUGUUUUUUCUUUUAUGAUUUUUGUACACUAACGAUUUUUUUUACUUGAUUUCUAAAGAAAUAAACGUGGGGAAAUCCCGAGCCACUG